UCUGUUUACCCCCAUGACAAUGAUCUUCAGUUGCUAGGCAACGAAAACGAAAACAUAGUGUCCCUCUCCCCGUACGACAUUCACCCAAACCCCGGUUUUUCCACAUCGUACAUACAACGAUGACAAUUAUUGCUGACUCUGUCAAUCAGCCAUGAUUUUGAAAUAUUUAGGGACAGUGUUGUCCUCCAGUGAUAGUGAAAAUCGCGUAGUGGCUCUUGCCUGGUCGCCAAAUAAUCUCAAACUUGCUGUUGCCUUGUCAGAUCGUUCAAUUUAUUUGUUCGAUGAGCAUGGAAAUAAAAAAGAUCGUUUUUCCACCAAGCCUGUGGACUCCAAGUUUGGAAAAAAGAGUUAUGUCGUGAAGACAAUAGCUUUCUCUGCGGACUCGACAAAAAUAGCUGUUGGUCAAAGCGACAAUAUCAUCUAUGUGUACAAAAUUGGAGAAGACUGGGGUGAGAAAAAAGUAAUUUGCAACAAAUUCGGCCAGAGCAAUGCGGUCACCUGCAUGAUAUGGCCCUCAGAGGGUCCAAUAAUUGCGGGUCUAGCGGAUGGAAAGGUCCGAGUGUCCAUUUUAAAAGCCCACAAAGCUCAGACCCUCUACACAGCAGAUGCAAUGACAAUUGCCCUCGCAGCAAACGUAAAAAAUACUGGAUUCCUGUCGAGCCAUGCAGACGGUAGUAUAAUCCGUUACUUCCUGAAGAGCGACGGCAAGACUGAACCCUCAGGACGAGUGGUCACCCACGGUGUGCCAGCUUAUGCUCUAGCUUGGGCUCAAGGACACAUUUGUGCUGGUGGCUGUGACAAGCGUCUGACCUUCUACGAUCCCCAGGGAAAAGUCACCAAAGUCUUUGAUUACUCCCGUGAUUCCCAGGACAAGGAGAUAGCCGUUGCUUGCUGCAGCCCCAGUGGACAGAGCGUAGUCAUCGGUUCUUGGAAUAAAAUUCGAACCAUCGACUGGAGCCCGAGACGUGCCAUAUGGGAGGAAACCAAUAGCCGGGAACUUCCGAAUUUUUACACAGUAACUGCUCUGUCCUGGCGGAGAGACGGUUCCAGGCUGGUCAUCGGUGGUCUCACUGGUGCUGUUGAACAAUUCGAGACCAUUCUGAAACGUGCAAUGGUCAGGGGAAGCCAUGAAGUAGCUUACGUUGGUCCAAGUCAAGUUGUCAUUCGUUCAUUGAAUAGCUCCAGCCGUCCUGUGAUUAUCAAAUCAUCAACGGGAAACGAGAUUGAAGAUGUCAAGGUGAUGGGACGCUCUGAUAAUCACAUCGUCGCCAGGACUAGUUCAACUCUGCUCAUCACUGACGUCGAGCUGAAUCUCUUGAGCGAAAUCCCUUGGGAGGAGAAACCAGGAAGCGAAAAAUUUUUCUUUGAGUAUCCGGGUGUGUGUCUGAUCUUCUACGCUGGGGAACUGACCAUCGUGGAGUAUGGGAAGAACGAGAUUUUAGGUUCUGUGAGGACUGAAGCUGUUAAUCCUCAUGUGGUGUCAGUGAGAAUUAAUGAACGUCAGGUGGUUGGGAUGCCCGAUAACAAGCGGUUAGCUUAUCUUCUCGAUCCGAAGACAGUCAGAAUCAUUGACUUUCUGACAGGUGCAACGAUCAGCAUCAUUACUCAUGAUGCUAGAGUUGACUGGUUGGAGUUGAGUGAAACUGGUCAUCGGUUAUUAUCGAGGGAUAAGAAGAGCAGGCUCUGGCUUUGUGAUGAGAAGGGUGGAAGGACACUCCUGCUUACUGGUACGGGAUUCGCUUCCUGGGUACCUGGCAGCGAUGUUGCUGUCGCCCAAACUGGAAAUAAACUUGCUGUAUGGUACAAUGUUGAUGCACCCGAGGCUGCAACACUCAUCGCUAUUCGAGGGGAUGCUAUUGACAUUGAAAGAGAACCAGGGAAAACAGCUGUUGUUGUAGAAGACUCUGGAUCUCGAGUUAUGUACCCAUUGGACGAAGGAUUAAUUGAAUUUGGUACUGCUCUGCAUGACAAUGAUUUUGGGAGAGUUGUCCUCUUUUUAGAAGAACUGGGUGAUCGACCUCAGGUGGAAGCCAUGUGGGAGAACGUAGCUAGGAACGCAAUGGCAGAGAGGAAGUUUCUGGUUGCGGCUCGAUGCUACGCAGCCCUCGGAGACGUAGCUUGCUCGAGUUUUCUCAAGGACAUUGUGAAGACCGGGGAAAAAUAUGCGAAGGAGACUGGGAACGACCCAAUGGGCUCUCCGGACUGUUGGGCUAAACUGGCGAUACUCAGUGGAGAACUGAAGACGGCUGAGGCUAUUUACCUUGAGCAAAACGAACUUGAUAAAGCACUGAAGAUGUAUCAAAAAUACUGGCACUGGGAAGACGCCCUGAAUCUUGCAGAGACUCGCGACUGGUCAGGCUUAAAAGACCUGAAGGAGAAGCAUCUGUCUUGGCUAUCAAAGAGCGGCCAGUCAGCAAGAGCGGCCUCGAUAAUGGAGAAUGACGACCCGAAAAAAUCAGUGAAACUCUUCCUGGAAGCUGGACGAGCUGGCCGAGCAGGACGUUUGGUUCUGAUUCACGAAGAUCUUCUCGAGGAUCAGGAGCUUACAAAGCAGGUGGUGAAAGCUCUCAAGUCAUCAGACUUAAUGGAGCUGGCUGGGGAGAUCCUGGAGAGGACGAACGACUUCAUAGCGGCUAUAAAAUGUUAUGGUGAAGCUGGAGUAUUCGCGAGGGCCCUUGAUUUAGCGAGAUCCGUGGAACCUAAUUCUGUUGUCGCUCUCGAGAAAGAAUGGGGCCAUCACUUAGCGCAUGGUGGACAUUUUGACGCAGCUAUCAAUCAUUUUAUCGAAGCUGGGGAGACUGCACUAGCUCUGAAUUCUGCAAUCAACGCACGACAAUGGAGGAAAGCUCUGCAAAUUGUCCAAGUCAUCGACAGCGAUGAUCCUCUGAUUCAGGAACAGUGUGCAAAGCUCGGGGAAUACUACGCGUCUACUGGAGACGCAAAUCUUGCAGAAAAUCUCUUCCUCCGAGCGGGGGCACCUCAAAGAGCGGUGGAAAUUCAUAUAAAAUCAAACAACUGGUCCAGAGCGUAUGAAGUCGCGAUGGAGUACAUGAAGUCCGAAGAAGCUGUUGAUGUUCUGACAGGCCAUGCCGAAAGUCUUCAGGAAGCUGGAGACUUCAGAUACGCAGAGGCCCUCUUCGUAGCUAUUGGUCAGUAUGACGCGGCCAUUGCGAUGUACAGAAGAGCGGGACUGCGUCACGAUAUGAUACGUCUCGUUGCUGAACAUCGUCCAGAUCUCCUCAAGACGACUCAUGCUUAUUUGGCGAGAGAGCUAGAAGCUGCUGGUAAGACCAGAGACGCUGAGGAGCACUUUCUUGGGGCAGAAGACUGGAAGGGAGCAGUUUCUGCUUACAAAAAUGCCAACAUGUGGGAGGACGCACUUCGAGUCGCUAAGACAGCAGCAGGGGACAAAGCGGGGCAGCAGGUGGCCCUUAUGUGGGCUAGAACCCUAGCUCCUGAAUUGAGCGCACGACUCUUAAUGAGGUUGAAUUAUUUGGACGCUUGUCUUAACAUCGCUUGCGAGGCGGGAUUAUUCGAGUGGGCUUUGGAGACUGUCAAGUAUGGGAAUGCUGACCAACAGAAGGAAGUUUAUUACAGAUACGCGAUGGCGUUGGAAGACGAGGGCAAGUAUCAGGAAGCUGAAAAGGAGUUCAUUCGGGCGGGUAAAGCAACUGAGGCUGUACAAAUGUACAUUCAUACCAGAGAUUGGGACGCUGCCGAGGAGGUAGCCCAGUCUGUUGGGCAAGAAGCGGUGGCUCAAGUCCUAGUGGCAAGGGCUUCUGAAGCCGCUGAUAAUCAGGACUUUGCGUUUGCGGAGUCAUUACUCCUGAGAGCACACAAGCCUGACAUCAUUGUGGAGCAUUACAAGAAGGCGGGUAUGUGGUCAGAAGCUAUGAGAGUUUGCAGGGAGUACCUACCCAGCCAGGAAGCUUCGCUGAGGCGUGAGUUAUCUCAGAAGAGUUCAGGAAUCGAAGGGGUCAACAGCUUAGAGGAAGCUCGACGCUGGCUGGAAGAGGGAGAAGUGAGAACUGCCUUGGACAUCCUCAUCUCGGAUCCGCAUCCUUCCAGACCCAUUCUCAUUGAAGCUGCUGAUAUCCUACUGAAUCAAGCUGAACCGGACACGGCUCUCCAAGUUGGCGGUGAUCUCGGUAACAAAUUAGUACUUCUGGGAGAACACGCACUCGCCGCUCAGGUUUAUCUUCAAGCAGACAAACUCAAAGAAGCGAUCAAUGCUUUAGCCGCUGUUGGCGACUGGAUGAGAGCGAAACGCAUUGUUCGAGAACUAGCACCAGAGCUGGAAUCUUAUCUCGAGGAUAAAUAUAGGGAAAAUGCCGGGAGAGAUAGUAUGGAAAGGACAUCAGAAGGAAGUAUAGACUCAACUCUGGAUGGCUUGGCGAGAAAGGGACAGUGGAUUCAAGUCUUCGAGGUCGCAAGCUCUCAGAGCCCUGAGCUUCUCCAUAAGUACGUCGCGCAACGGGCAGCUCAAUUGCUGAAAUCGGGGACUCCUGAACAAGCUCUUCAUCUUUAUAAUCAAUUUGGAACUCCACCCAUUGCGCAAUACCAUAAUCUUUACUAUCAUCUGGCUGAGGGAGUGUUGAAUUCCCAUGAUGGACCUUUGGACGCUCGGUAUAGUCGAUUGUCUCAACUUCGAAGUUUUUUACUGGGUUUGUUGAGAAACAUCGAAAGUUCUUCAUCGAAUGAAGAUAAAUUUGGGAGAUUGUUAAGAGCCACCCAUUACUCAGCUGUCAAAGCCGCUUGUCGAGAAUCCCCAGCAGUGUCGCAACUAGAGAUGAAGUGUUCUGUUUCCCUAUUGAGAUUCUCUGAUGUCCUUUUGGCUGACAGAUGUUACUACGAAGCCGGAGUUGAGUGCAGGAAAGCUGGAUCUCAUAGUGAAGCGUUUGUCUUCCUCAAUCACUUCUUGGAUCUUGAGGAGUGCAUCGAAGAAGGUGACGGGAGUAUUCUAGAUGUUGAUGACUUGAGAAUAACGGAUUUUCCUCUGGAGGUUCCGUUACCUGAAGACCUGAGUCUACUGAGGGAAGAGAGAGAAGAGGUGAGGGAGUGGGUGCUAGCUGUGUCCAUGGAUCAGAAGGUGGAACAGGGGCUUCCAGUUGAUAACAGGGGAGUUUAUAUCGGGUCCUUAACGUGCCCUGCAAAUGGAUCUACUCCUUUGCAAGAGUGCGCGUUAACCGGAUAUCCUAUUCGGGGGGCUACAGUUAGAUUUGAGGGGAGCAGUCGAGUUGUUGACAGGGAGGACUGGAAUAAAAUAUUGAGUGCUGCUAGGCAAGCACCGCAGGACUCUCCCCUCAAUGAUGUACUUGCGUUUGUACAGGAAUGGUGUGGCAAUCUGUCUAGUUAUACUUUUUAAUUGAUUGUUGUCGAGGAAGGGCAAUAAUUCUAUUCCCUUGAGGUGAAUGGAAACAAAUAUGAAGAGCUCUUCCUACAAGAGGUCACACAUGAUGGUUGAAGAAGUAGAGAAUAAAAAAAUGUUUAGUGGC